GGUGACCGAGAAGGCGGCAGGGAGCAAGCUGGUGAGAAAAGGGCUGGAGGUUCGAGAGACGUGAAAUUGGGUCCCGGCUGCUGCCUGCCGGCUCUGCUGAGCCCGGAAGUGUCCGAAGCCCUCUGUGCUCCUGACUGACCUCUCCUGUCCCCAAGUUUAGCGGGGCUUAAAAAAAUUCCCGUUUGCUAGUUUAUAUUCAGAAUGUCAAGUACUGUGUCCUACUGGAUCUUAAAUUCUGCAAGGAACCAUAUUGCCACAUUCCAAGGGGGCAGACGCUUAUACUCAAGGUGUGUUUCAAAUAGGAAUCAAUCGAAAUGGAAGCUCUUUUCCUGGGUGCCACCAAUGCUGAAAAACAGUUCUCCUUGUGGUAGCUUCGCUCUACAGAAAGCCUACAGACACACAUCAACGGAGGAAGAGGAUUUCCACUUGCAGCUCAGUCCUGAGCAGGUAAAUGAAGUGCUUCGUGCUGGUGAAUCAGCCUACAAGAUCCUUGACUUCAACAGUGGAGUCCCAAAUUCAGUGUUGCGGUUUGAGAGCAAUCAGCUAGCUGCCAAUUCCCCAGUGGAGGACCGGAGAGGUAUAGCCUCCUGCUUGCAGACCAGUGGACUGAUGUUUGGCAUCUUUGAUGGACAUGGUGGUCAUGCAUGUGCACAAGCAGUGAGCGAGAGGCUCUUCUAUUAUGUGGCAGUGUCCCUGAUGUCCCACCAAACCUUGGAGCAGAUGGAGGGAGCAAUGGAGAACAUGAAGCCCCUGCUGCCCAUCCUGCAGUGGCUCAAACAUCCUGGGGAUAGUAUCUAUAAAGAUAUCACUUCAGUGCAUCUUGACCACCUCCGUGUCUAUUGGCAGGAGCUACUUGACCUACACAUGGAGUUGGGACUGAGCAUUGAGGAAGCAUUAAUGUACUCGUUCCAGAGACUGGAUUCUGAUAUCUCACUGGAAAUCCAGGCUCCCCUGGAAGAUGAAGUGACAAAGAAUCUAUCACUCCAGGUUGCCUUCUCUGGGGCAACAGCUUGCAUGGCCCAUGUCAACGGAGUUCACUUGCAUGUAGCAAAUGCUGGUGACUGCCGGGCCAUCCUUGGUGUUCAGGAGGACAAUGGUAUGUGGUCUUGUCUACCCCUUACCCACGACCACAAUGCCUGGAAUCCAGCUGAGCUAUCCCGGCUUAAAAGGGAACACCCUGAGUCAGAGGACAAGACAAUCAUCAUAGAUGACAGACUGCUGGGUGUCCUCAUGCCCUGCAGGGCCUUUGGGGAUGUUCAGCUGAAGUGGAGUAAAGAGCUGCAGCGCAACGUCCUAGAAAGGGGCUUUGAUACUGAGGCCCUCAACAUUUACCAGUUCACCCCCCCACACUACUAUACUCCACCCUACCUGACUGCCAAACCUGAGGUUACAUACCACAGGCUGAGGCCCCAGGAUAAGUUCCUCGUGCUGGCCUCCGAUGGCCUGUGGGACAUGCUGGACAAUGAGGAUGUGGUAAGGCUGGUGGUGGGGCACCUGUCCAAGGCAGGUUGCCACAAGCCAGACCUGGCCCAAAGACCCGCCAACCUGGGGCUCAUGCAGAGUCUGCUGCUGCAGAGGAAAGUUAGUGGGCUCCACGCAGCUGACCAAAAUGCAGCCACACACCUGAUCAGACAUGCCAUUGGGAGCAACGAGUAUGGGGAGAUGGAGCCAGAGCGACUGACAGCAAUGCUGACCUUGCCAGAGGACCUGGCAAGGAUGUACAGGGAUGAUAUCACUGUCACUGUGGUGUAUUUUAACUCAGACUCAAUUGAUGCGUAUUACAAGGGGGGUUAAGAGUUUCCCAUCCUAUUGCCCAGUUAACAUAAAUGCUCUUUAAAACAUUUUCUUUUACUUUUAAAUGAGCUAUGCAAAUAUCACUGUUGAAAGGACAGGCAGAUAUUAGCUUGCUGAAUAUUUGACUAACAUGAGAAGAGGAGGAAAACAGCUAAGGUUUAAAAACAGUAGCAGUGAUUUCAUAUGUCUGAAUGUACUGGUCAACUCUUCUAUGCAGAGAGGGCAGAGGACCAUAGAAUUGGCCCUGGGCUCAUAUAGCCCAAAUCCUUAUAAAGACACUGUUAAACUGUGUCAUCCUGAACUUUCAAAGGGCAAAUUUAAUCAUGAUUCCAAGCAUAAAGAACUUCAGGAUCUUCUGAGAUUCAACUGCAAAAUCUGCGGGUUUGAUCAUUCUGAAUUCACAGUCACACACUCUAGGUUUAUGAAGAGUUUUUUUUGUUUGUUUGUUAGUUUUGUUUAAUUAAUAAAGUCUAGGGUUACAAAGCAUACUACAGUACACUUUUCUAUGCAAUAUUCUAACUUUUUUGUGAAUAUUCUUGUGAAGACCUUCUGUAAUACUACAUUCUAGUUCUGUUUUAGCUUAUUUACAAAUUAAUCCUCAAACUUACAAGCAGGCCUACUGUAAGCAUGUUUUGUUUUUCAGCUGAGAGUAAGAGGGUCUAGGCCUCUGGACCAGCUAAAUUUACUUGUACAGCAUUUGGUCUCCUCCAGUGAGUCUCACUCCAGAACCUUUGAGCCAUACUAGGGGGUAAUUUAUGUCUAAUCCUUAACUCCUGGCCUUUUUCUUGUGUUAGAAAAUGUUCUUCUAGGCUUAUUUAAUAACCCCCUUCACUUCCUGAGGGGAUUAUUUACAGCAUUUAGCAUUUUUGAUUAUAUCUUUCAAACAUUCUUCUGUUAAUUCCAUCUGACACAGUCCUUCUACCUCUGCCCAGUCUUGCCCUGCAGCUGCUGACUACACAAGAGUAUCUUAGAAAGUCUUUCACCUGUUUUCUAUUCAAAUGGGUUUCAGGAAAGGAGGCUAUGUGAGCAUGUGUGAUAGUUGUGAUGGACAUUUAGGCAGGAGACAGAAUUAUUUAGUGGACUUAAGAUUUAGUCUGAAUCUGGAGAGGUGAAAACAUGAAGGGUCUAAAGAGAACAGGUAUUGUCCGAGACUCUGCAUCCUGAGGGGUAGUGAGGAGGAGGGAGGAGUAAGACUUAUUAGAUGGGACAUCUACCCUAGAAUGCGAUCAAUCACCAUUGCUACUUCUCAGAAAUUAGAUCAUGUUUAGUAUAGGAGUUAAGGCAAAAAUAAAAAUUUAACUUGUCAUGGUUUCCAUGGGCCACAGAGGCUGUUUACUUAAAAAUUAACCCACAUGGAUCCUUUUUGGGGAUGAAUUUCCUCUUGUCAUGUGCAGCUGUGGCAUUUAAACAGGAAAUGUGUCCCUAAAUAGAAACACAAAUAUAAUUCCACAAAAUUGACCAUUUUGGUUUUCCUGUACUGCAUCAGGCAGAAUUCUUCAGCGUAGUCAAACUGCAUUAGUUGAUCCCUCUCUACUCACCCUGCCAUCCCCCUGAAAAGAAAAGCUAAUAACCUGAGUGUUUUCCUCUUAUUUGUGUUCCAGCUGACAUUCAAUCAACAGUUGAGAUAUGUCUAAUAUGGGGACAUUUCUUUGUAUAUCAUCCAGGACACCUGUUUAGUGUCAUGGCUUCAUCUAAGAAAUUCUCGUUUAGGUACUUAAGUCUUGGUCCUUUUUUUUCUGAAACCAUCAUUAUUCUCUUUGAUCUCUUAGACCUUAACUCAGAAAUAAAUUGUGAAUCACUACCAUUCUGUUAGCAUGGUUCCUUGUUCAAACUGAGGUGAGGACUCUGCUUGCCUAAUGUUUUUCUUUGUCCUUUGUUUUCCAUUCCAGCUACACCCUGGAACCUUAACUGGCCUAGAGGGUCUGAAUCCUACUUUGGAUGCAUGGUUCAUAAAUGUGUCUUGAUUCAGUAGCUUGAGUAGCAGCUGAUAGAACACAGAUUUCCCACCUGUGUCUCCAAGCCUGUUUUUUUCCUUUGCCUAUUAGAUUUCCCUGCUAUCUAGUUGGCAUAUUGAAAGGGAAGAAUGGCCCAUUUAUGUCUUUUUUCUGCUGUGAACUGUCAGUUCUUACUAUGAGUGCUCCAGGGAGUCUAACCUUCUGGUUAAACUCCAGUGUGUCUGUCUCCAGACUUUAGUUCUUGUUAGCAGCCUUCCUAAAGCACAUAGUCUACUGCUUUGGGACACUGCAAUUGGAAAGGAGGUUAGAGGUCUUUGUCAAAUUUUGCAAAGCACCUGUCAUUCCUUUUAUAUAGAGAUUUCAAUUUUGAGGCUUUUAAAAUAUUUUUUUUAAAUGAGAUUGGCCAUGUAAUAUUUUAGAUGUAACUUUGAAGGAAAUAUGCUUUGGUGCUUAAAAUUAUUUAUUAUUUUAGGUAUGAAACUGAUAAUAUUGGCGUAAUUUAGAUAUUAUUUAUAUAUAAAUAAUAUAGCUCUGUCGAUUCUGGGUCAAAAUGGAUAGAGAAGAUGGUAUUCUCAAUUCAAAUUGGUAUGCUAGAUCGUUACUGAGAUUCAGCUUUCUGAGAUGUUAUUUGUAUAUUAAAGCUAAUUUAUUAUAAUGAAAAUAUAAACUUUGGGGUAUUUUAAUGUAUGAACAUAUUUUUCCUUGAAGUACAUUUGGCCUAAAACGUUAUAGGUCUUGAAAGUUCAAUUUGAGACACAAUCAAAUUGACACUUUUUAAACAUAAAUGAAACAUAAACAACUUGAACUCAAAUUAGUUAAAGAAGAGUAUAAUUAUGUGGAAUAAAAAAAAAAAAAAGGUGUUCAGAAUGAGUCUGGCUGGACUCUUUAGUCCAUCAGCCCAUAGUGGCCCAUGUUUAUUUGACAACUUUUGGGAAGUCUUAAAUUCCCAGGUCAAACCAGAACAUCCUGGAACUGAGCCAACUUGGUUUCAUCAGAAAAUGAUUCUUCACUUGUCUCUGAAAUGUGAUCCCCAUGACAGAAAAAGCCCUGGUAUAGUCUUGGAGCUGGGGGACCCAUACUUAUGACACCUCAAUAAGCUUGUGAUAGAGCUGCCAUGUGCAUGACCUGAGGGGAAGGUAUGUUUGGUUGCUGUUUAACCAUCUCCUGAGCUGACCCAGGCUCUGUCCCUUCCUUCUGGGGCAUCUGAUGUCUAACUUGCCUCCCAGAAAAUAUUUAUUAAACAUUCUCUUGGAAUAAUUAUUAACCAUGUUCUUUAAUAAUUACUGGCAUUUGUAUUUUGGCAUUGUAACCAAUGUUCAUAUCUGACACUGAUUUUCUCCAACCAUUAGUGCUAUUUAAUCAAAACUUGUAAAUAAAAGAAGUAAAAUGAAA